UAAGAAAACGGGUCAUGCCUCUCAACCCCAGUUCUUCUUCUUCUUCCUCAUCAUAUGAAUCACUGAAACCAGAGAAGCAGAAAUGUCCGUCAUAUCAAUUUCAUUAGCUUCAACCUCUAACAGACAUCCAAUUUUCACUAACAAUGCUUCUUCUUCGUCACCAUCUUCAUCUCUGAAACUAAGAACUUCUUUCCUCGCCCUUCCUCUCAAAUCCCACCGGAACAACAACCUCCGUUUCCAAUUUCCGAGGCCAAGAACCACUAGACGCCCUAACGAUGGCCUUUCGGUGUGUAUGAGCAUGGAGGCCGGCAUUGGCGUUAUGGCUACCAAGCUCGGUAUGAUGAGCUUCUUCGAGCCGGACGGCAAGGUCGUCCCUGUGACGGUGGUCGGUUUCAAGGAAGGCAAUAUCGUCACGCAGAUUAAGACGGAGGCGACCGACGGCUACAGUGCCGUUCAGGUUGGGUACCGUAGGGUUAGGGAUCGGAAAUUGACGAAACCGGAAAUGGGACAUCUCCAGAAAGCUGGUGCGAUUCCUAUGCGCCACUUGCAGGAGUUCCGUCUUGAGUCUAUUGAUGGAUUUGAGCCCAAUCAGCGCCUGGUUUUUAAUGAACUUUUCAAGGAGGGCGACCUGGUUGAUGUCUCCGGCACUACAAUUGGAAAGGGUUUUCAAGGUGGAAUCAAGAGGCACAACUUCAAAAGGGGUCCAAUGACCCAUGGUUCCAAGAGCCACAGAGCACUUGGAUCGAUCGGUGCAGGAACUACACCGGGGCGUGUUUACAAGGGGAAGAAAAUGCCUGGAAGGAUGGGAGGAACUAAGAGAAAGAUCAGAAAGCUCAAAAUUGUAAAGAUUGAUGAUGACCUUAAUGUUGUGAUGAUCAAAGGCGCCGUCCCAGGUAAGCCAGGAAACCUUCUUCGAAUAGCUCCUGCUAAGAUAGUAGGAAAGAACAUUCCCAAGAACUAGCUUUAGCUCAUCUCUUGGAAUUGUUCUCUUCUCAAUUCUUUUUUGUUUCUUGAACUGAUGCAACUCUUUUACUGGUUAUUUGUAUUAUGAUUAGAUAACGAUUGAGUUCUCUAGAAAAUGUUUGAUCCAUUACCAUUUUUCAUUAGUUGGUGAUUACAAGCAAUGAGCUGCAUUCAUCUA